CUUGUCAAUCAACCACAAUUUUGCUGUUAUAUAAUGGUAAAGCUUUUAAUUAAUUGGUAAUUUAAUGAUUUGGCAAUGGAUUGGGCCUUCCUAUAUUCUUCCAAAAGCUUGACAGAGUCAUUGCCAUGCAAUGAUAUCCUCAACGAAAAAGUAUAUUGUAAUAGGUUAGUAUUAUAUAUCUGUCACCUUCUAUUAGUAUGCAAAUGAUUUAUUUUGAGGUAGUUUGUCAGUAUCUUAUUGCUGCAAAUAUCUUCAUACAUAAGUAUGCACUCAACACGCAAGACACAGCUUUUAUUGUGAUGAUAAUACAAACUAAAACAACAAGUAUGUAUUUGCAUUAAAACUGUUGAGUGAGCAAAACAACUGCAGUAUGUAAUUUAUUACUACGAAUGAAAAAUUCUGAGAUUUCUGAUGGAAAACAUUUUACAUAACAUUAUGAUCCGUAGUAGCUAAUCUUAUUAAGAAAAAAAUGAUUCCAACAUUAGGUCGAAAUAAAUAAUAAGUAUCAAAGACUCUGAUAAGUGGAAAAAACGUGACAUGCCAGCAUUGUCCAAUCAGAGAAAGCAAGGGGCGGGACUUCCGCUUGAUGCCAGAAAUAAGGAGGGCUUGAAAACUUGGAGGGAAUUUCAAUAAAAACAUUCGUCUUUUCCUCCAAUAGCUAAAAAUACUUGAUAAACAAUCGGUCUUUAGAGUUAGGAAACAACAGGAGUCCAUCUCUAAUCUGGUUAAGACGCACAACUAAAGAUAAAACACAAUGGCCGUUGGCUGACUGCGUUUUCAAACGCCAUUAUCUGAACGUUAGUUGACCGACUAUGUUUCUGUUAGCUCUCGUCGUAGCAUGCGCAGCUAAUCUCGGUUAAAAAGUAAAACCCAGCGCUCGACUCGGCGAUGGUCCAACACGAAAUGUGCUGACACUCGACCCCAGAACAUUGACACCGCGAUACUGGUUUUGGUCAUGGAUCGAAAGAAGAGUAGGCUCGAGAGUCAGCUGUGUGAAGCGGUGAACGACGGGGACCCGAGGGCCGUGCAGCUGCUUCUCUCCCAAGGUGCUCGCCCUGACCUGGUGGCCAGUGAAGGGGUGGCUGCGAUACAUCUGGCAGCCGGCAAAGAGACUGAGAAAAACACACGCUGUCUGAAAAUGUUCCUGCAACAUGGAGCAGACCCCAAUGUCCGGGCAUCGGAUGGCCUGACUCCUCUUCACAUUGCUGCACUGUGGGGGUGUUACCAGAAUCUGAAGCUGCUCUUGAUUAACGGAGGGAACCCAAACAUUAAACACGAUGAAGGGCAUACACCAGGGCAGCUUGCAAAGCAACAGGAGAAUCGAAGAUGUGCCCAGCUCCUUCAGGAGUACCAGUUAAGCUCCGUGGAAACCGAGGAAGACGAGUUACCUCAAUUCCAAUACUCUGUGUAUUCAGAUCAAACGGACACGUCCGUCUAUCCUGAAACGGACUACAGCUUUAGUUCCCGCUCUUCCGUGAUAAGUGACUUUGGUGAAGCCCCAUUGAGCAGCACAAGGCGCUCAUCCUUCUUCAACCUGUCCAACAUUAACGGAAGGCCAGAUUGCAGAGGAUUAUCAUAUAACACACUUUCUGAUAUGGACGCAAAGAGGCAUCGCAGCCAGUUAUGGACAAAUCCCGCCUCGCAUUGUGCGUCCGAAUGUCCCUCCAUACUAUCAAGCACUCGUGUGUCUGCAGUGGGACCUGCAGCUGCAAUGCCCACUUGUAAAGAGGAGGUCUUUUUUGACGAUGGUCCGUCCGGUUUAAAAGCGAACAAACAAGGUGCUACAACUGAGGACAGAAGCUCCGCCUCUAGAAGAGACACUCUCCCAGUAUUCUCCUGCAGGCAGGCAAGUCGCAAGAGUGUGAGCUUCAGAAACGAUGAUGAAUAUUUCCCUGUUUUCAGUCCUGAAUCUCCUGAACCGUGCACUACGGGCUUGGCGUUCGACAUGUCGGAGUACUCCGACUUCCUGGACUCCGAGCGCAUGGCCACCGUUCUGCACAAGCAGGGCCUCGACGUCACAUCGCCGGAUCACGUUUACGUUUUCUGCAGGGAGAGCGGCGAUGGCACGGUGGAGGACAUGGAGAAAACGGUCGUUGGUCACGGCGCUUUGGCAGAGAGCGAUGGCGAAGCGGAGGGCCAGUAUUUUUCAGAGCCUCAGGUGGAUAUACCAGAGCAGCCGCUCCUUUCCCCCGCUAGCGCCGCGAGCAGUGGGUCUGGUAGUAGUCAUUAUAGUAGCUGCGAGAGCGAGCACUACAUCAGUACACUGGACGCUUCUUUGCGCCCCGGGCAGCUUCCACUCCCCGCUGUGCAUGGGGCCCCUGUGGCGGCUGAAUUGGAACCUUGUGGUAGCCCCGUGCUGGACGCCUCGAGUGACGCCGCUGCGGCAGCCCCCCCGCGCGAUGAAGCGGCCGAGAUAUCGCCGCUUCCAUUCAUGACCAGUCCUUUCGUAACGGGACGGACUCGCUCGAGGUUGAGUCGGUUCUCAAUGAGAACCGGCAGACCUUCCGAGAGCCUCCUCAGCACGUCCUCUCUGUUUGAAGUGAACCUCCCGGCGCCGGUCCGAACGCGGCGCCAUACGCCCCGGUCUCAGAGCAGGGAGGACUUUUACAGUUCACCACAUGCGCCUUGUUGUACGCCGUCCUAUUCGGGGAGGGGCACAGUGGGAGCAGCACAUGCUGCUGAUUGCAGGGACUCGCCAUCCUCCACCCUCACAGCUGGUCCAAGUGUCAGCAGCAGCCAGGCGGACACGCUCAUCCUCUCCAGAAGCGUAACCGAUUCCACUCUGUGUGACACGGUCCUACUGGAGGGAAGCGAGGACUCGUCAAUGGACGCCUACGAACGAAACCUUGCGGAGGUUGUGCAGGCGAUGCAGGGCCACAAGCUUGCUGGAAGCCAGGAUUGUCUGACUGAUGAUCGGACGAGCACGAGCGAGGCAACCACGAGGGAUCCUCUAAAUGCGGCUGCUGGCAAGGACAACCCGGAGGGCCUAAAAAAAGAGGACGUCCUGUUGACGGAGGACUACGACUCUCCUCUGGACUCGGUCUCAUCCUCCUCCUCCUCCUCCAGCUCCACCUAUUUCUCCCCAAGGAGGUCCAGGGAGGAUUCCGACCUCCCCUGCACUCCAGGCACCGGGUGCACCCCGAGGUACAGCAUGAGCCGACUGUCGUGCGGCGUCAGGCCGCAGCACCUGGCGAGCCUGUCCUACACCCCCGGGGGGCGGCCGCUCAUCCAGGACCUGGAUGAAGCCGUGGAGUACCUGUACACCGACUCGGAGCAGGGCCACGAGCUGAUCGAGACCCACGUCCCGCCGACCGCAAACACCUCGCUGAGCUCCAGCAUGAGCGCCAGCAGCACCGAGGACACCGUCCUGUACGACUGGCGCGCCGACCUGGCGCGGGCUGGCAAGGAGAACCGGCCGCCGCAGACGGCGCCCGCGAAGAAGGGAGGCGGCGAGGACAGGGUGCCGCCGGACACCAGCGGGAUGACGGACCAGGAGCUGAGGUCGAGGCUGUUGGCGCUGGGGGAGAGCCCGGGUCCCAUCGGCAGCCGCACGCGGCCCGUCUACAUGCGACGGCUCCGUCGGCUGCUGCAGGAGUCCUCGGCCCAGUCCCCGCGUCCCCAGAGGCCAUCGGACCAGCCACACACAGAUUUGGGCUAUAGCCCGGAAUUGUGCCGGGCCCUGCGGACCUUCGAGCUGCCCGAUUGUCAGGCUGACGAGCAAGCUUUGUGCCAGCAGUUCGACCAACCGGAUCAAAACAGAAAGUGGAGGGAGGGCCUCAUCAAGUCCAGCUUCAACUACCUGCUGCUUGACCCGAGAGUGACAAAAAACCUUCCAUUCCGCAGUCAGACCAUGACCCUACAGGAGUGUUUCCAGACGUUUACCAACGCAAUAUUUUAUGUGGGCAAAGGGAAGCGCUCCCGUCCUUACAGCCACCUGUACGAGGCUUUAGAGUACUUCAAAGGAGACAAGACCUCCAAGAAAUUGUGCCCGAAGGUGCAGCACAUCCUUCAGGUGUGGAAGGCGGAGCAGGGAGUUGUCUCUCUGCACUGUUUCCAGAAUGUCAUUCCGGUGGAGGCUUACACCAGAGAGGCCUGCAUGGUGGAAGCCAUCGGCUUGAAGAUGCUCACCAAUCAGAAGCGAGGGGAUUUUUACGGAGUCGUGUCCACCUGGCAGGUGAAGAAGAAGCGGGACCUAGGCGUCCACCUGCUCUACAGGGCCAUGCAGAUCUUCCUUGCAGAGGGUGAGAGGCAGCUCAGACCAGCAGACAUCAGACAGUAGCACCUACCACUCCGGGGGGGUGUAUGAACAACAGACAAAUGAGAACAUGCAGAGGAGGAACCACCAUUUCAGGAUACAAAUGUACUAUUUUUGGAUUUGAAAAAAAAAAAAUCAAGAUGACAAGAAACCUCCUGAGAUAUUGUUUGUUAUUUGUUAAAUCCGUCAUCUCAAUCCAUUACGAUAUACAAUCAGUUAAGAUCUUUUCCCUUGUUUGCUCCAAAUAUAAAUUGUGUUUAAUAUAAUGACUCGUUGCGUUGCUUUUAAUCAUCUGCCCAGAUGUGACAACAGUAUCAAACGUGGUAGGCUGCAAGUCUUUCAGAAGCAAAAACGUAUGAACAGAGCAAAGUUUGUUCUCUGUAGUACUUAUGACUGCUUCAAAAUAUAACUUAUUUAAAGGCAUUUCAGUACAAUCGAAUUGUCUUCACAUUUCCCAUACAAAAGUUAAUUCAGAAAGGAAAAACGAAACAAGCUGUGAGUGUCAUUUACCCAAUAAGCCUGGUAGAGAAUGACAUUUUUCGUAGUGCUAUUAAGAUAUGAGUUUAGCAGAGGCUGGAAACUGGUUCUUAGCCUUAUAGGUUUUGAUGGAUAGAUCAACAAAGAUGUUUACAUUUUUAUAAACUUAAUGUGAAAUUUGCUUACGUCACUGGAUUUCCAUUUUCUUUUCUUGUGCUACUUUGUUUAUGUUAAAAAAAAUCUGCAUUGCAGGGAAGCUGAUGAUUUGAUAGUGUCCGAUGCUGAUAGGUAUCUGUGUAUGUGUACGCUUCUUUUAGGUGUGACAGUACAAUUGUAGUGUAGAACUAGAUGGUUGAGUUUUGUGCAUCAGCCCUUUUGUUAAGGUAGGGAGACAGAACUAGUUUGUAUUGCCACAUAUUACUGGUUUAAGGAUGUUUUAACAUUGUGUUUGAUGCUAAAUAGAAUUCCAUUUUUUUUUUUUGUAUUUUCUUAUUAUCCCAUGUCAUUGUGCACAAAUGUAUUGCCUCAUCAUCAUUUAUUAUCUCUCCAAUGUAAUGCACUUGAUGAAUUAUCUAGGGACUGAACAUUUUAGUAGACACAAAAUGCAUUAAUAUGGACUGUUUGUGAACAAAAAUGUUUGUUUUAGAAUUUUUUUUACACCCCUAUCCCCAGCUUAAAGUAAAUCAAAGCAUAAGAUCACGGAGUAAAACACCUGAUCUUUGGUAUUUACUUGUAAUUAUGAAAAGAAUUUCAUGAGAUUCAUUAUCUAUGAUAACUAAACUAUAAAUGAAUGACUUUAGGAGUGCAUGGACUUUUCCCAGUUCUUAUUUUUCUAAAAAGGCCUCAUUGUGAGCUAUGUUUGAUAUGUUUGAUUUAUUGUCAAAAAAAUAAAUGUAUCAUUCAUGUGUCCAUCAUUUACGCAAACAUGUUCUGCGGUGCUCUCUUUUCAUUCAUGCACAUCCACUUUGUGUGUUUCUACUUAUCUUCCCUCGACCAGAAUAUAUAGUCAAAAGAAAAAUACACUUGACACAAACAUGCUGGUUGGAUCGUUAUCUGCUGUCCCUCUAGUGGACAAAUUAAGUAUUUUACUUGUUUUUCAUUCAGUCUAGAAUUGUACCUGUCACAUAGUAACUAGUCUUCAUUCAGCACUGCUUUGACAAACUACAUGUAAAUAGGUUAUAUGACAAUUACCUCUCAUCCCUUCAAGCAAACUGUUGGGACGUUGGAAUCAGGGUGUAAUAAGACAUUUUGAUGUUAACUCAAUAUGUCACAAAUUGCUGUCUUGUUUGUAUUUACACCAUUGCCAUCCCACACAGACUCUGAACCAUUUAACAGGAACGUCUUUAAAGUUCAUGAGGGGUCACAGGGGCACUUUGGGCCACCGUGUUGAGAUGCAUUUAGUUUCUUUUGGGACUGGCUUCUUUGUGCCUUAGUCCCAAUAAAAAAAUAAAGUCAUAGUGUAGUAUCUCAUCAAAAAUGUCUCAUCUUCAUUAAACUUUAUUUUUGAGAUACUAAAAUAUAUAUCCUUAAUAAGUACCACAUUUUUUUACAUUGUAUACUACUCUUUUUUUCACAUGCUGUACUAGAUGAUUUCUUUUGCUACAUUUACAUUGGCUUUAUAAACCGAAAGGUCACUAGCACAAUGUGAACUAAUAAACUUGUUUCAGGAACAAGUCUCUCAAACCGAAGGUCACGUAGUGGUCGAGCACUCAAGUUGCGUCUGGACAUUUUCAGAGCAGAUAAGACUCGAGAUAAAGACGUGGGGUUUGACCCGCAGACUUACUGGUCAGUCUACAUGGGUUUGUGACCCUCUCUCGGGCCUUUGUUUUAGCCACAUUCCCUAAGACGUAGUGUAGCACCCAAUUGUUAAUAAUCAACUGUAAGAAGCCUUUACUUGGUAUUCUAGGCCAAGUCCUUGCAAUUCCCUGUAUUUUAUUAAAUAUAUAAUAGAUGUUAGCAAACGAUGUACCUUGAACUGUCAUAUGGUCCAUAUCUCUCCGACUAACAGCAGUGAGGAGGUGUUCCCCGUCUUAAGUCUUUGUGCUGUGAUGUCGAGACGUAUGUUAUUCAUUCAGUUAUUAUGGAAAUGACCACACAAAUAUAUCUACAAAGGUAUAUCUCUGUCUCUCUAUGUUGUGUCAUUGUUUCAUCAGCUUUUAUUCAGUGGUUUCAUGUCAAAGCACUUGGUAUCAUUCUGAGGCAGCACCGAGUUGAAUUAAUAAAGAAUUACAACAAAUGAAUAUCGGAAGAAGAGACAACCAAGUCCCGAAGAUAUCAGCGAAAGUCAAAUCAAAAACAGUCCCCCCUGCAUGCAGCUCAACAUCCGAUCGGCCAAUCAGAGCCACGAGGUUCCACAAACCGACAUGUUUUAUGUUCUUAGAACAAAUACAUUUAAAUCAC